AUUGAGAAUAUUGCAAGUUUCUAAAGCUCACAACUGAGAAGACUAAAAGUAAUAGGUUUUAAAACACGUAAUUUUUAUAAAUUCACUUUAUGAUGGACAAUAAUUUAACGAAAUAUUCGAUGGCGUCAGCGGCAGCAAAAGUACUCAUCGAAGCCAAUGAAGAGGGUGCUGAUAAAAGACACUCUGGACACUAAAUAAACAUACAAAGAUAUUGAGUUUAUAAACAAAACGAUAAAGAUUCGGUAGAAGAAAUUUCAAAAAGUUAUGAAUAAUUUACAAAAUUUAUUACCACUUAAGUUUUAUGAAGCAUUAGAAAGGGCUAAUAUAAAUUCUACUAGACAAAUGGUUACUCUUUCCAUUUAUGACCUUAAGAAGUCUACAAAUUUAUGUAAUGAAGAUAUUUUAUUCAUAAAAAAAAUAGUUAGCGAUAAUUGCUGUCCGAAAAGUGUCACAUGUGAUUUAUUACAAGCAGAUUUGAGAGUCACCACAGGUUGUGAUGCAUUGGAUAACAUCCUCAAUGGAGGAUAUAGAAGAGGUACUAUAACUGAAAUUUAUGGUGAGAGUGGAUGUGGGAAAACUCAAUUAGCAAUGCAAAGUGCACUAAAUAAUUGGCAAAAUGGUAGCGUAUAUAUUUGCACAGAAGAUCUUUUUCCAGUCAAAAGAUUUGAACAAUUAAAAAAAGGUUUAUUGGGUUAUAAGGUGGGAAUAGACUGUGGGAAGAACAUUUUUGUUGAGCACAUAACAGAGGCGCUGGAUUUACUUUCAUGUAUAAGAGUGCGUCUGCCGAAGUUGCUUGUUCAACACAAACCAGCCUUAGUUAUAAUUGAUUCAGUUGCAGCACCUUUCCGUUCAGAAACCACGAAUUAUAUUCAAAGGGCUGAAGAAUUAAGGGAAAUGGCAGUCACACUAAUAAAAAUAGCUCAGGAAUAUAAUUUUGCUGUACUUUGUAUAAAUCAAGUAUCAGCUUCAUUUGAUGAGAAUGUUGAAUUAUUACCUUCUUUAGGCCUUGCAUGGUCUAACAUGAUUUCAACUAGAAUAUGGAUAAAAAAGACUAAAGCUUCUGUAGAUGUAAAAUCUUUUACUUGGAUUAAUGAAGUAACAAGUAAAAAUGAGGUUUAUAUAAGAGAAAUACACAUAAUGUUUUCACCAGAUGUGAUAAAGUGCAUGAUAAAAUUCGUAAUUACAGAGAUAGGUAUGGUUGCAAUAUAA